CAUUACUAUAUAAUGCACUAGGCCUCUCCUUAUAAUCCAUUCUUCUCUUAAUAGCACUCUCUUGGUACUUGUAAUAUUUCAUCAUGAAAGCCUUUGGUGCACUCUUGUUAUUGUCGCUUAUUUAUGUUUCUUCUUGUCACGAAAGUGUUGAUUCUCGGUUCGAUUCUGGCUCACUGCCGAGGCCUUUGCUUGUUGAGUCACGCAAGAAAGUGAAAAUAUCGGAAGAUGUUGCUUUGCAUUGUAAUAGCUGGAGGUUUGCUGUGGAGGCGAAUAAUUUGAGUCCGUGGAAAACAAUUCCGCGAGAGUGUAGAGAUUAUGUGGAUGAUUAUAUGAAUGGUAAGGCUUAUAAAAGCGAUCUCGAAAGGGUGUCGAAAGAGGCUAUAUUGUAUGCUCGAACUGUGGAGCUUAAAGGAGAUGGGAAGGAUAUUUGGGUGUUUGAUGUGGAUGAGACUUUGCUUUCGAAUCUUCCUUACUAUGCUCGUCAUGGUUAUGGACUGGAGAUUUUUGACGAUGUGGCGUUUGAUAAGUGGGUCGACAAGGGAACAGCGAAGGCAAUCAAGCCCAGCUUGAAGCUUUACGAAGAACUGUUAAAGCUUGGUUUCAAGGUUUUCUUGCUGACUGGCCGCACUGAAAGGCGUCGAGACAUUACUGUUGAGAACCUGACUAAAGUUGGCUUUCAUGAUUGGGAAAAGCUCAUACUGAGAGGUGCUGAGGACAAAGGGAAGCCUGCAACACAAUUCAAAUCAGAGAAGAGGGGCCAGAUGGUGAAACAAGGCUAUCGUAUCCAUGGCAGCUCAGGAGAUCAAUGGAGCGACUUAUUAGGAUCACCAAUGUCUGUCCGAUCAUUCAAGCUGCCAAAUCCUAUGUACUAUAUCGCUUAAUAAAUCUAUACAGCCAUGGCUAAACCGCCGUAUGUCCCCUUCAUUUUUAUGUGAUAAUAAAAUGUCUCGUUUCUUA